UAUCUUUAUCUAUCGACUAAACAAUGAACAUACUGAUAAUUUCAACAAACCGAACUGAGCCAAAGUAUAAUGCUAAAAUAUUAACAAAAAUUAUUACACCUGAAAAUAAAUGUUCAGCAGUAUGUUCUUGUUAUGUUACAUUUUCUUCGCAUUCAACGUUGGAGUACUAAAUGCUCAUGACUUUAGUUAUCCUAAAGAUAGAGCGGCAAAUAACCUGGGGAUAAUAGGUGGUAACAAUGCCUUUCCUCACUCGCUAGGUUAUCAAGUAGGCAUAAGGAUUGAACAGAGUGAAAAUACUAUAUUUUGUGGUGGAUCCUUGAUUACCUCUUCUUAUGUUUUAACUGCUGCACAUUGCUUGAUGGAUGUUGUUUCGUUAGAAAUCAUACUUGGUGCCCACAAUAUUAAUAAGACAGAAUGUACUCAAAAAAGGAUAACUACUGACAACUACACCAUACAUCCUCAAUGGGAUCUUUCAAAUCUUAUCCAUGAUAUUGGCCUGAUUCAUCUGCCAAAACCAGUGAAAACAGGCAUUAUUAUAAGGACCAUAGAACUGCCUAAGAAUGAUGAUGAUGAUUAUGCAGGAGAUAAAGCUCUGAUGAGCGGUUGGGGCAUGACAAGAUAUAAUGAAAGCAUACCCAGUAUCCUUCAAUAUGCCGAAAGUACAAUUCUGAGCAACAAAGAAUGCUUAGACAUUAAACCUUUCCAAAAGGUCAUAAGAGACACCCAUUUGUGUCUUUCAAGUAGGGGGAAGGUGAGUAGCUGUGAUGGAGACUCAGGUGGCCCCCUGGUUGUCCACAAUGUUCAAGUUGGAAUUGUAUCUUUCACGAUCAAAGAAUGCAAAUUGUCCAAACCCUCAGUUUUUACCAGGAUAUCAAAGUAUUUAGAUUGGAUUGAAGACAACUCAGAUUGGAAAAGAAAGUAGCAUACAGUUAUUGAAUAAUGAUAUGGCAAACAAUAGAAAGUGCAAAACAAGAUUGAAAUGAAAGCCAUAAAAAUGUCAGUUUUUCUUCAUCAAUAAAGUUAUUCAGAGUCAA